AUGUCCAGCCCGGUAAACAUUGCUCGCGGCUUGAAGGCUGCCAUCUCCAACCCCCACAACUCAGAAGAGGCCAAAGAACACGCAUCCGAGAGACUCCAGGAGGUGCAAGAGAGCGGUGACUUCAGCCUCAGCGAGGCCCACGAAGCCAACGUUGCGACCGGCCAUAAGGCUGCCCUUUCCAACCCAAACGUCUCGGACGAUGCAAAAAAGUACUCCGCGAAAGUCCUUAAGGACAUGGAGAGCUCCUAA